AUGUCCGCAGGGUGCCUUUCACUCCUGUUGUUGUGGAGUUCCUUCAUCAUCAACGUGCCACUACCUAAGUUUUCUUAUGAUACGGAUGUAUUUGGUGUGCCUACGACGGUGAGUAACAUUUCAUGUUCGGAGAUUCGAGUUGCUGCUACAAGUAUCACAUCAAAUUCAAAUUCAUUUUCCGUGGUGGCACCAGAUCUGUAUUCCGUCAAAUGCGGUUUUGACUUGGAUGGGGUGGACGCCCGUAUAUUGAUUGGUGUGCAGAUACAACCCCUGGAGAUCGAAGUUAGAAAGUCUGUGGACGAUACAUGUUACAGCACCGGUGCCACCUUGAAUAAAUGCAUUGCCAAUUUCACACUCACGAGCUUUGAGACGCAGCCACCGAGCCCAUUAACGGAUCUUUUGGAAUUUUUCAAACAGACGGUUGAGGAGAAGUUGUCAGGGGCAAUCUGUAAUACAGUUUUACCUAACUUUGUGAAUGGGCUGAAAAAUCGAACAAUCGACCCGCCUACACCGCCUCCGCCUCUGGUUGAAGGGGCCACACCGCUGGAAAGUCUGCCAUUGGUUCGUGCCGUCGUGAGAGCUGCUAACAAGCUUCCUCCUUUCAGUGACAUGCAGGUUGAUGCCUCACUUCAUGCAAGUACGACAUUGCGCUUGGGGUUGACAUUUCUUCGCGGCGUUCACCUAAAACUUGACAGUUCAGUUGCAUUGGAGAAGUAUUUCGUAGAAGUGAUGAACUUGUAUCCUCUACGUGAUAUUCCUGAGCUUUCAAAUCUUGUUAAGCAUAUGCCUGUUAUUGAGAAAGAGUUUUUUGGGCUAAACAUUCCGCAAACCUUCAGCGUCUCCGUGGAACUCGUGGUUAAUGAUUUGAGGUGUAACAAGGACGGUCUGAAAUGCAGUGUGCCAAUUUCUAACGGUAUCCAAAUUCAAAAUUUCCGCGUGAAAAACCUUGCUGAAUAUGACCACAUUUUGAUGGAUAGCGUGGGUUUGCUUUUACAAUUUUUGAAUACAAAGAUUGGGGAAAUGUUGCGCCAUGGGGUUGUUAGUGGUUCCCGUGUCAUUAUUCCAGAUAUUAAGAAAAGCGACUCUGAAGGUACACCAUCAGUUGGACUUUUGGUGGGCAUGGUCGUUGUGGGUGUGAUACUUAUUGUGGCAACUGUUCCCCUGAGUAUAUGGCGUUACCGUCGAAAUGUGGUAACUACACGGGAAGGCGACCCCAUUUCAUUGAAACGUGUGUUAUUGGAAGAUGUUGCCUUGAUGUUUAUGACGGUUCUCGCGGCUUUUGGCUUUACUUGGUCUAACGCCACUCCUGCGGCCAGUUUGGUUUUGGGUGAAGAAUUUCCAUUGAUGAGUUUCUCACUUAUGGAGUCUACAAAAAAUAUGUAUCAUGCAGGUGUGUAUGUGUUUGCAGUUCUUGUUUUUCUUUUUAGCGGUGUAUACCCAUACAUCAAGUUGGUGGUCAUUGUCAUAUGCACAUUAUUCCUACAACAACCUGACCUGUUGAUCUUGAAGCUGAUUGAAUACUUUGGUAAAUUCUCGUUCCUCGAUUCAUGUGCUAUGAUUCUUAUGAUCUCAGGACUGCAGCUGCAUAGCGUCGUCUCGGUGGAGGUUCAUGCUGGUUUUUACUUUUUCCUCGCGGCAACGACACUUUCCAUUUUUAUUGGUAACUAUGCGACUACCAUCUGGCGUCGGCACACUUCACUUCGUAAAAACGCAACGCCGAAAGGAGCAAUUACGUACGAUGGGGCUGAAGCACAAAACAAUGUGAGCGAGGAAGACAAGCAAAAUAAUUGGUGGGCCAUGUUCUGGGGUAAGGACGGGAUUUUGCGAUUGGUCAACACCGCAUUUGUCACUAUAUGUGUCAUCCUGUGCUGGGUGGUUCCUUGUAUUCGGUACACCGUGAAUGGAAUGGCUUCGAUCAUUAUGCCAGAGGACCGCUUGAUGACUCUUUGGGAAAUCAGUCUUACAAACAAAUUUUUUCUUUGUAUCUGCAUUUUUGUCGUUUUGAUCGCUCCAAUUCUUUAUGCCUUCAUGUACCCCCGGUGGUAUAUGCUGGCUUCAUGGUCUGCGGCUGAUGCAUUUCUACUGGCAUGUGUCGCUGGACUAGUUCAAAUGGAACAGUUUUUACGAUACCUCCUUGGAAAUGAAAUGAAAGGUAUUUAUGGCGCAAGUGCAACGUUGCUUUGGCCGCUCAUUCCACUGCUGAUCGCUGCCGUCUGGCAGUGGAUGCAGGCUGCCGAUAACACUUUUAAAGUGAUAUGGCACGUGAAAGGGUGGCUGGCAGCACGUAAGGUUGCUCAGCCUCCUCAGCCUUCUCAGCCUCUUUAA